AAUAAUAAUAAUAAUUUUAAUAAUAAUAAUAAUAAUAUGGUUAAGGAUGUCUCACUGCAACAACUUAAGGUUACAUUAUCUGAAUUUGCUAGGGUUAGGGGUUGGGAGCAAUAUCACAGCCCUAGAAACUUGCUUCUUGCUCUGGUAGGUGAAGUGGGAGAACUGUCUGAGAUAUUCCAAUGGAGAGGAGAAGUUGCGAAAGGAUUACCGAACUGGAGCCCACGUGACAAAGAACACCUCGAAGAAGAACUAUCCGAUGUUUUACUCUACUUGGUUCAACUUGCUGAUGUUUGUGGUCUUGAUCUUGGCCAAGCUGCACUCGCUAAAAUCGUGAAAAACGCUCGUAAAUACCCCGUUAUUAAUUUAUCCGACUAAUUUGCAUAACUAGAACUAUAAUUUGUACUUCAUUGAAUAAAAGAUGGUCUUAUCUAGUACUA